AUGAUUGGCUUGGUUACUAAAUCAAUGAAUCAAUUUAAAAUAUGGAAAAUUUCUUUGAGCAGGAUUUUUCACACAAGCUGCUACCUUCGCAUGGAACCGGGCGCUUCAAAAAAUGUUGAUAAUACAAAAGCAGGUCAAAAACACAGACUUGUUCCAGAAUGUUUAAUGAAACCAAUUAAACCAAUAAUCAAGUUUGAUCAAAGUUGGAAACAACCGAAAGUGGUUAUUGUUGGGUCAGGGAUGGCUGGUUUAUCAGCUGCUGAACGACUUCUUGAACAUGGAUUAACUAACUUCACCAUUUUAGAAGCCUUGGGAAGACCUGGAGGAAGAAUACAUACAUGCCUAAUGCAGAAUGCUAAAAUUGAUCUUGGAAGUGAUGAAAUAUUGGGAGCAAAUUUAGCGAAUGCUGCUUUCUCACUAGCUGUUUCAGAAAAAGUAGCCACUACAAGGGAUAUGUUUCUUAGCCCAUAUUAUACACUAGAUGGUUUAGUAAUUUAUGAAAUAAAUAGGCCAUACAGUAUUAUCAAAAAUGCUUUUACCAAAGCUGCAACGUUAUUCUUGGCUGACAAAAGAGUAAAAUCAAGUUUGAGGAGUUAUAUUGAUCCAUUACUCCGAGAAGCUGUUUCCGAUAUACCAGAUCCUGAGAAAACUGAACAUAAUCUUGUAAUGAAUGGCAUGAUGAAUGAAAUACAAGUUUUAUGGGGAGACAACCUUUCUAAUAUUUCGGCUGACUAUUAUGGAAGUUAUAUUCGAAUUCCUGCUGGGAGGGUUAUAAUAAAGGAUGGAGGAAAAACACUUAUUGAUCCUCUAUUAGAAAAAGUAAAGGAAAAGAUAAGAUUCAAUAAACCAGUGCAAAACAUUCGUUGGGAUAAUAAAUCAUGUGAAUUAACCAACCGAGGAUCAGUUUUAUGUUGUGAUGGAGAGGAAAUUCCUUGCGAUUUCGUCAUUUGUACAGUUUCACUUGGUGUUUUGAAAGCACAAGCUGAUACAUUUUUUUCUCCACCUUUACCAUUUGAAAAACUUGAAGCAAUUAAUAAUUUAGGUUUUGGGCAUGUAAAUUAUAUAUUUCUGGAAUAUGAUAAACCUUUCUGGGGCCCAGGAGAAGGAAUAAUGAAGAUAGGUUGGAGUCCCACAGCUUUACAAGAAACAGAGAGUUGGGUAAGAUCUAUAGGUUGUUUUAAGGAAGUAGCUCCAAGGAUACUACGUGUUGAUGUUGGAGGACGGGAAGCUGUGCAGACUGAAUCGUGCUCUAGUUCUAUCCUAGCUGAAGAUAUAACUAAUUUUCUUCGAAAAUUAACUGGAGAUCCCUCUAUACCAUGCCCUGUUAGUGUCAUGAGGUCGAAAUGGUCUACUGAUAUUUACUUCAUGGGUGCAAAAAGUUUUCUUGGAUUGAGUUCUUCUGUGAGGGAUCAAUGUGCCUUAGCGUGCCCUAUUCCAGCCGCCUGUGACCCACCACCUAUUGUACUUUUUGCUGGUGAGGCAACAGUUCCUGGAUUUUUUUCUACUUUGCAUGGUGCAAGACUAUCAGGAAUCCGUGAAGCAGAUCGAAUACUCAAACUUUCGGUUACUUACCAGGGCCCUCCAUGUUCUAAGGUGAUUCUGCUAUUUUAAAGAUAAUACUACUAUCUCCUUAUAACUUCCUAAAGAAACUAUGGUAACAGAAAAUGUAUUAUUUGCUUUAUAAAAAUUCUCUUUCUGGGAUGAAAGGGUAUUUUAACUCAGCAUUUUUCAUUUUUAAGUAACUAAAUUGCCAUCCAAAUAUAUACAUUUUAUUGUAUCAACAAGGUUAUUAGCUGUUUUCAUUAGGAAGUUAUUCUAAAAAUUUUAUAAAAUGAUAAAUUAAUAACAAAUUCAUAGAGAGAUUUUGAAAAAUAAAAAAAGUAUUAGUAAUAAAUCUGUAUUUUCAGGGAAUAACAACAUGGCAAAUAAAAAACACAAUGGUCCUUAUGACUUAUGAGUAUUAAGACAUUACUUCACAGUUCUCAUUUAGAUAAAGAAAAGAUUUCGGUCUGCAUGUUACAAACUUAUUCUCAGUGUGCAGAGGGCUUGGAAAAUGUUCACAAUAUACACACCUCAUUAGGACCAAUUAUUUACUUACCAAAUUAUUCCAUGUGACUAUAGAAAUAUCACAAAACACUCAAUAAACGCCACUUUUUUUCGAUUACCUCCUAC